UGAUCAUCAUUUUUACGAUUUAUGCUUGAAGAAUACAUUGGAAAUUUUAAUUCAAUCUAGUCGACACUAAGCAUAGUCAAAAAUGACUUUUAAAUAUACUGUUCAUAAGACUUUGGCGUUGAUUCUCCUCUUGGUCAGCAACUCAAUUGCCCGACCCGAAGAAUUCACAAGUACGUUAUCAUCCGAAACGAUCAGAAAUAUUCAGGGAACGUUUAAGGAAUCAUUAUCACUGGCAAAAAAAAAUCAUUCAGAUGACAAAUUAUCGCUUGUUCAUCUUAUACUGAUUAUUGGUAAAGUACUAGCUCCUAUAGUGGGAGCUAUCAUCGAACCAUUACUCGUUAAUAUAGCCAAAGGUAUCACAUGGGCCAUCACUUAUUCUUUAGCCACAGGGUUUGCCAAACCGCUAGGUUAUGAACACUUCAUCCCAGAACUUGAAAACUCCGAACACGGUCAUAAAUUUCCAAUUGCAUAUUCAGCUCUGAAAGAGCUACCCCAAUUUGCGUUUGCCUUUACUAACGGGUUAGUAACGGAAGACGAGCAAUCUUCAACACAAAUCGAAGUCUUCGAAAACGUCGAAAGAAAAUUAAAUGGCUUAAACUUGGACAAUACAAACAAGAAAUAUUAAAAAUACGCGAAUUAAAUUGUAUAACCUUUUGCUU